AUGUUAUCCCCAUACCAUCCCUUCGUCACCUCCCUCCGUUUGCCGCGCUUCCCUCAACAUUGUAGAUGGUUUAAUACUCAGUGGACGAUACCCAAAGAUUGUCCCGCGUGCUCCUCUACCAAGUCGAAGGACUACACGCCUUGUCUCGACUGCCCAAAGUGCCAUUUUGUUGGGGCCUCCUUCUCCCCCUUUUGCCCCUCCUGCGACUCCCUGCAACCCCCCAAGCCCAACGCUUGCCCAGUGGACUACUUCGCUUUAUUGGACCAACCGCAUAAGUUCGAUUUGGAUACGACUGUGGCCGAGCAGAGCUACCGGAAGUGGCAGAAAAGACUCCAUCCGGAUAAGGUGGCGAGUGUAGAGGGAGCUGACACCGACACUGCGGCAGCCCAUUCAGCCCUAGUGAACGACGCGAUCAACGUGUUGAGGUCACCAUUGAAGAGAGCCGUCCACUUACUGCAACUGCACGCCAGUAUUGAUGUUGAUACCGAGGGGGAGGAGGGCAGGCCGGACCCGGAGGUGUUGGUGGAAAUGUUUCAGUACAAUGAGGAGGUUGAUGAUGCCGAUGGGGAUAGAGCCGAGCUGGAGAGGCUCAGUCGAGAGAACGAUGAACGGUUGAAAGCAUGUGAGGCACGUCUAGUGGAACUCUGCGAUGAGGCCCAUGACUGGGAAUCCGUGAGGAAGGAAGUGAUCCGCAUGAAGUUCCUAGUGCGGUUACACGAUCGGCUCCAAGGCUCUCCCAUGUGA